AUGAAAUCGCAAUUGGCUUUCUUCUACUUGCCAUGCGCUUUGCUCGCGCCCAUAACUGCGGCCGAAAAGUCUUUUCAAGAUUACAUCCUCGCUCCUACAUCGCGUGUCAUCAGCCCGGUUGCCAUCCACCAGACCGGCGGCAAUGUUGAGAAUGCUGCCGGCUUCCUCACCAUCAAUGGCGCGGGUGUAGCUGGUCUCCCAAACGCCGGAUCAACGACUUUCUCAGGAAACGGAUCUUACGUCACUUUAGACUUCGGCAAGAACAUCGCUGGCAGAGUCGGCUUCCAGGUUGAUGCUGUUUCUGGGACGAGCGACUCCAUAGGCUUCACGUUCAGCGAAUCCUCAAUGUACAUCAGUGCUCAAUUCUGCGAUUCUGUUCAGCCUGAACAAUUCGAUAUGCCUCAAUGGUUCAACAAUACGACACCAGGCUACUACCAAGCGGGCCACGAAUUCCAGCGAGGAGCCUUCCGAUACCUCACAGUGGUCCACAACUCGACUGGGACUAUUAGCCUCUCAAAUGUCACCGUAUUUUGGACCACAUCUCCCGAGAUGGCUGAUCCCGCAGCCUACAAAGGCUACUUUCAUUCCGACAGCGAAAAGUUGAAUCGAGUAUGGGUUGGUAUGUCGGGUCACAACAUCGAGAAUGCUUUGACGCUUGCCGCGAUCUUGAACGCCACCGGGGAGACACGUAACUGGGAAGCUGUAGCUGCAGGUAUCUCCCAAGCCGCGAACAAUAUUCUUUGGGACGAGUCGGCCUCCUUGUAUCGGGACAACGAUACCAUCGCGUCUGAAUCUUCCACAACUUCCUAUCCUCAGGACGGUAACUCGUGGGCAAUCAUUUCUCGUAUAGCCAAUGGAAAACGAGCCGAGGCUAUCAGUGAUGCCUUAAAGGCACGCUGGAUACGACCGUAUGGGGCACCCGCAGUUGAGGCUGGUCAGACUAUCUCUCCCUUUGCGACUGGCUUUGAGCUCCAGGCACACUACAUGGCCGGUCAUCCGGACUAUGCCGUAGAUUUGAUGGAAUUUAUGUGGGCAGACUACAUGCUCGACAAUCCACUGAUGACCAACAGCACUUUUAUCGAAGGAUUCGCCACCGACGGUACUCCACUCUAUCCGGUGUAUGAUUACAAUCCACGAGUCAGCCAUGCCCACGGCUGGUCUACGGCUCCCACAUCGCUGCUCACUUUUCAUGCCGGUGGUCUCACGAUGACUUCGGCAGUCGGACGGACUUGGAAAGUUGCGCCUGCUCUUGGUGGUCUGAAGGCUGUCCAGGCAAGCUACGAGACUCCUCUUGGAACUUUCAAGACAAGCUGGGUAAACAGCACCCACGGCCUGUCGGGCACAUUUGAGACACCAAAUUCAACCACUGGGGAGUUGGUGAUGCCUUUAUUCACCGGAACAAAGAAGAUGGUUCUUAAAGGACCCAAGGGCACUCAGGAAGUUCCACUCGCGGAUCCGUCCUCAGCGACGGUCAUGGGUCUCUGCGGGGGCAAAUACUCUGUUGAGAUCCUUGAAGACCACCUCCGGUACAUGGGCUACCACCCGCGAUCCCUCGCCGACGACCUCAAAGUCGCCAAUACGUGGUCCCGCGCCCAUACUGACUUUGGUUCCCUGACGCUGCUGUGGAGUCAAGAUGUGGCUGGUCUCCAGAUCAAGACGUCGUCCGGUGAGUGGAAGUAUGUCCCGCCCGUCGACAACGGCAUCGUUUGCAAUGUCGGUGACACACUCGACUUCUGGUCGGCGGGGUACCUCAAAUCGACAACACAUCGGGUCGUGCGACCCCCGGAAGACCAGGCCUAUCUCUUCCGUCAAGGACUGUUCUACUUUGUGAGACCCGGUGACGAUGUCGACAUCAAGCCGGCUCCAUCUCCGCUACUAAAGAGAUUAGGGCUCGUCAAGCAGGAUGCCGAGAACGCGGAGCCAGUCACUGGCCUGCAAUACGUCAGAGAGCGCGUGAAGAACUACCAUCAUCACAAUGACUACGCAGACAUGAAGGGCAAGAAGUUCAAGGUUGGCAACUUGGAAAUCGAGGAUGAAGCAGAUUGA